AUGACUCCUCUGGUGUUUGCUGGCUGUGUGACAUGUCUGCUCCUGGGUACAGUGGCUUAUUCUUGGGCUCAGAAACCGUCUUCAUCUUUACAUUUUAAAUCAGUUCUUGUUGGAGAGGAAGUGACUUUAAAAUGUUUUCAUCGAGAAGCUUUGGCAGAUUUCUUCUUCUGGUUUAAACAACCUCUAGGACAGAAACCACAACACAUGUCUAGGUUUUUUAAUAAUGAGAAAAAUGGAUAUUUUGAGGAUGCUUUCAAGAACGAUCCACGGUUUGAACUGGAGACAGACACAGACAAAAAUCACUUGAAGAUCUCAAAUGUGGAAAUGUCAGACUCUGCUACUUACUACUGCAUCAGCUCUUAUUCUUACACAUUCACAUUUUUGGAGGGCUAUAGUGUCCAUGUGAAGAACUCUUCUUCUUACAUCCAGACUUCAGUGGAUCAGUCGUCCUCUGAGAACAUCCAUGCAGGAGACUCUGUGACUCUGAACUGUACAGUACACACUGGGAGCUGUGAUAGAGAACACAGAGUUUACUGGUUCAAAGACUCUGAAGACUCUCAUCCAGGACUCAUUUACACUGAUGGAGGCAGGAAUAAUCAGUGUGAGAGAAACAAGAACACACAAACACACACUUGUGUCUACGAGCUGCACAUGAAGAACCUGAACAAGUCUCAUGCUGGGAUCUACUACUGCGCUGUUGCCUCAUGUGGACACAUAUUGUUUGGAAACGGAGCCAAACUGGACCUCACAGGUGAGUUACAGUGA